CGUCUCUCUUCUGUGCCCAAAAAAAAACCCCAACCCUAGCUAUUCUCUCAACAAAAGCUCUUGGGUAUCUGGUUUAUAUAUGUAUGUUAAUCAGCCAUGGUUAUCUGUUUUUUCUUGUUUGUUACUCUAGGGUUUUUCUUACUCUCUCUGGCUUUCUCCUUCAUGCAAGAAUUACACUCUUUUUACGCCAAGAAAUCGGUUUUUGCUCAUGGGCCUUCUUCUUAUCCAUUUCUUGGUUGUCUCAUCUCUUUCUACAAGAACCGGCGUCGUCUUUUGGAUUGGUACACUGACCUUUUGUCCGAGUCGCCUUCUCAGACCAUCGUGGUGCGUCGGCUCGGUGCACGCCGUACGGUCGUGACAGCCAACCCGGCUAACGUCGAGUACAUGCUAAAGACAAACUUCAACAAUUUCCCUAAAGGCAAGCCUUUCACCGAAAUCCUCGGUGAUCUUCUCGGUUGUGGGAUUUUUAAUGUCGAUGGGGAGUUGUGGAGCACUCAAAGGAAGCUAGCUAGCCAUGAGUUUAGCACCAAGUCCUUGAGAGAAUUCGUGGUGAAAACCCUUCAAGAAGAAGUUGAAAAUCGUCUGCUGCCGUUGCUUCAAGAAGCAAUGGAGAGUGAGAAAGUUCUUGAUUUGCAAGACGUAUUAAGAAGAUUUGCAUUCGAUACUAUCUGUAAAGUAUCAUUGGGUCAUGACCCUUGUUGCUUGGAUCUUUCGAAGCCAGUGCCGCCUCUGGUUAAGGCAUUCGAUAUCGCAUCGGAGAUAAGCGCCAUGCGAGGAAUGGCACCCAUGUUCGUGGUAUGGAAAAUAAAGAGAGCCCUUAACAUUGGGUCAGAAAAGAAACUCAAGGAAGCAAUCAAACUCGUUCAGGACUGCGUUCUGGAGAUCAUACGGAACAAAAAGAGAGCUCUUGAAGCAGAAACAAAAUGUCGCGACGACGCCGAAGAUCUUUUGUCGAGAUUGUUAUCGGCUGGGCACGACGAGGAAGUCGUGAGAGAUAUGGUGAUUAGCUUCAUCAUGGCUGGAAGAGAUACCACCUCCUCGGCAAUGUCGUGGCUCUUUUGGCUGCUUUCUAAGCAUCAAAACGCACAGAACAUGAUAGUGAAAGAAGUGGAAUCAAUGCUUUGCAAUGGCGAAAAAGAAUUGAAUUUUGAAGUGCUGAAGGAAAUGAAUUGUGUUAAAGCUUGUUUAUGCGAGUCCAUGAGGCUUUACCCUCCGGUGGCAUGGGACUCCAAGCACGCCUUAAACGACGACGUUCUUCCCGACGGGACUUUCGUUGAGAAAGGAGACAGGGUGACCUAUUUCCCCUAUGGAAUGGGGAGGAUGGAGGAGCUAUGGGGAAAGGACCGAUUCGAGUUCAAACCGGACCGGUGGUUCCAGGAAUCGGAUGCAGAAAAUGGGUUGCUAAAGUCGGUGAGCCCUUUCAAGUUUCCAGUGUUUCAGGCUGGUCCAAGAGUUUGCCUUGGGAAAGAAAUGGCGUUUAUUCAGAUGAAGUAUGUGGUGGCUUCAAUUCUGAGACGGUUCGAAAUUAGACCGGUCUGCCAAGAGCAGCCGGUUUUUGUUCCUCUCUUAACCGCUCAUAUGGCCGGUGGGCUCAAUGUGUUGGUAAGGAGAAGGGCGUCGUAGUAGUGAGAAAGUGGCUCAAUGAAUGUACUCGUUUGUAUUCUCUCUGAGUAUAUGAUUCUGAUUUAUUAUUUCGAUCAACUCUUGCAUUAUUUGGAAUUUCAAUCCCAAAAUUGUUUUCUUUUUUAA